CAAUAAUCUGGGAAGCAGCAUUGGGUUGGACACCUACAGCAGCAGAACCAGAACAACUCCAGGUCUGUUUCUCUUAGACCAGCGGGUCUUUCUCUCCGCGGGGACAGACACGGUGACAGAGUGACUGACAGCUGCAGCCAUGAGCUUCUUUGGUUUCGGUCAAAGUGCGGACAUCGAUAUAGUUCUGAACGACGCUGAAACGAGAAAGAAAGCUGAGCAUAAGAGCGAAGACGGCAGGAAGGACAAAUACUUUCUGUUCUACGACGGAGAGACGGUGUCCGGGAGGGUCAACGUGACGCUCAAGUACCCGGGCAAGAGGCUGGAGCACAACGGCAUCAAGAUCGAGUUUAUCGGCCAGAUAGAGCUGUACUAUGACAGAGGAAACCACCACGAGUUUGUGUCUCUUGUGAAAGACUUGGCUCGGCCGGGGGAGCUCACACAGUCACAGACGUUUGACUUUGAGUUCACACAUGUGGAGAAACCCUACGAGUCUUACACCGGGCAGAACGUCAAAUUACGCUACUUUCUGAGGGCAACAGUAAGCCGGAGGCUAAAUGACAUCAGCAAAGAGCUGGACAUUGUGGUACACACACUCAGCACCUACCCUGAGCUCAACUCCUCCAUCAAGAUGGAAGUGGGCAUCGAGGAUUGUCUACACAUAGAGUUUGAGUACAAUAAAUCCAAGUAUCACCUUAAAGAUGUGAUUGUAGGGAAGAUUUACUUUCUGCUGGUGAGAAUUAAGAUCAAGCACAUGGAGAUUGACAUCAUCAAGCGGGAGACCACUGGCACAGGGCCAAACGUCUACCAUGAGAAUGACACCAUGGCAAAGUAUGAGAUCAUGGACGGUGCACCAGUCAGAGGAGAGUCCAUCCCCAUCAGGCUGUUCCUGGCAGGCUAUGAGAUGACGCCCACCAUGAGGGACAUUAACAAGAAGUUCUCGGUGCGGUACUACCUCAACCUGGUCCUCAUAGAUGAGGAGGAAAGACGCUACUUCAAGCAGCAGGAGAUCGUGCUGUGGAGGAAAGGUGACAUAGUGAGGAAGAGUAUGUCUCACCAGGCGAUCAUCGCCUCCCAACGCUUCGAAGGCUCCUCCAAUCCAGAGAGGGCCCAGAGCAACGCAGAGGACGACAGCUAAAGCCCAGCAUGCACUUCACCCUCGUGUAGUGAGUGUCUGAGCGAACACAGUGCAGAAAAUGUCAGCAAUUUCUGAAUGUGAAUAUCAUUUGUUUGCAUUGAGAUAGAAUGUGCCGCAGUGUUUUUCAGGAUGCGUGUGUGAGAGAGGUGUGCAUGUGUGUGUGUGAGUGUGUGUGUGUCAAGGGUACAAACUCAGACUAGUUUCAAGUAAUUCUGUUUGUUUUAACCACCAUGAAGUACCAGCUGGGUGGAGUUUACCACAUUAUAGCUGUUCAGACUGUCAGCUAUGAUGUCUGUCACAAGGAAACUGCACAAAAUUAAAUUUUAAGUGCUUGGAUAAGUAAAACAUAAAUGCAUUUAUUGUACAGUUCAGUGUGGCAAACUUCACCCAUUAGAUGCACUUAAAUAUAAUUUGUUCGACCAGUAUCUUGAAUUAAUGCGUGUGUGUAUGAAUGUACAGUACGCAAGCCACCACGAGUGUAUUUCUAACACAACCUUAACUUUGAACUACUUUGCUGGAUGAUUGUGCUGUGCAGAAACUCUAGUCAUACAGCGGGUUUCUAAAAGUGUGUAAACUAGGGUGACCAGACAUCCUGAAACAUUUGGGACAGUCCCAAAUUAGGAGCAGUGGUCCUGUAUCCUGUCCUGUUUGUCCCAAAAAUAAAUGAUUAUGGUGAUGCAUCAUAUGAACAAGCUCUCUGUAUGCUGUUAGACACAUACAGGAGGCUGAUAUUUAACGAAACGGUCCUGUUGUAUGUUCGGUAGACAUCUACCUUAAUGCAGCAUUGACUGUGAUGAGCUGCACCUUUGUCUGCUGUCUGGAGAGCCAUCAGGUGACGGGUCUAUAAAUGGAGUAAAUGAACAUGUGUUUUAAAUCCACCAUGGAUUUGUCUAAUGUUUGAAGAAAAGAUCUGGGGCCAUAUUCACAAAACAUAUAUUAUCAGUAGGAGGGCUCCUAAAAACCACUAAAAGUUCCAAGAUUUUGAAAUAAAAUGUAGUAUGUGGUAGGUAGUGACAUUGAGUUAACAUGAAACAAAGAGUAAUAUAGGGCCACGGACUAGUCCAGUUUUAUGGCAGCUGUUUGUCAGCCUCUCACAUGUCCGGCAGCUUGAUAGUAAUUAGAGAGUGUUGUAAUUAUCAGACUACAGUCACCGUUUUUCCAUCUACAAAUGUUUGUGCUCAUUUUGAAGAUUUGCAUGAGAAAAGCUUGAUAGAAACACCAAAAUUCAGUGAAACUUUCAGAAAAAAACACAUAAGUUUUUACGCUAAUGCACUAAAGAUGGAAAAGGUUUUUGCGAAUAAGUUCUGAUUAGAGCUGCAACAAUUAUUCGAUUAAUCAAACAAUAAUCAUUUAUUAAAUUAAACUAUUUUGAUAAUCGAAUAAUUGCAGUUUUUUUAAAGACAAUAAGUCCAAAUUCUCUGAAUUCAGCUUCUUCAAUGUGAAUAUUUCUGUUUUCUUUGUUCCUUUAUGACAAUAAACUGAAUAUCUCUUUGGUUUGUGGACAAAACAAGAGAUUUGAGAACGUCAUCUUGUGGUUUGGGAAACACUGAUUGAUAUUUUUCAACAUUUCUAUUAACCAAACAACUAACCAAUUAAUCGUUUAAAUAAUCAACAGAUUAAUCGAUAAUGAAAAUAAUCAUUAGUUGCAGCCCUAGUUCUGAUGUAGAGACAUUUGACUCACGACUGAUUAGCUGUUUCUGCUCUGAAAUCAAAGAAUAAUUAUAAAUUGCGCAAUUGAAUCUAAUUCCUAAAGCCUUAUUUUCUCUCAUGGGUGUUUUUCUAUGUCUACUGCACUAAUAAGGUUAUCACAGAUUAUUGACCUUUUUUAAGUAAGAUGACAGUUGCAGCUGCCACUGUGGGAGUCAUUUGUGAUGAAAAAUGUGUUUGUAAGCUCCUUCACAUUAAAGACAAUCUUAGUUGGUGUAAAAGUGUUUAAAAUGACUGGAACAUACCUGUCACCUGAUGAUUAGUUUAUGCAUAAAUACAACCAGGACACCCAAAACUCUCCCAAAUGUCAGCCCUUUCCUUCUGGUCACCCUGGUGUAAACUCUAGAUCUUACAGUACAUGUCUGUAUGUCUGCUCAAUGGAAUGUGACAUUAACAUUCAUUCAUUCAAGACUGUUUCUCUGACACAUUCUUUGCUGAGAAACAGCUGCUCAUCUGGUUUUAGUUUAAAAAAAAAGAUUUAAAUUUGUUUGCUUCUGCAUUUUUUUUAAAAACGAGCAUUGACUCUCAAAGAUGAGACAAGAAAAUAAAAAAGAAAUGCAUUAAGAUAUUUCUAUGAGACAACGCUUGAAAUAUUUUCAUACAUUCCAGUGUUCCCAUCACAAACAGGCAUGACUGUAGAGUAUUUAUUUUUUAACAGAGUUCCAUUUUUAACCAGCAUUUUGCAUAUUUGAUCAUCGUGGUCAGGUGUUGCCACUGCUGCUAAAACAAACGUGGCACUUGUGAGCGCUGUUAAUGAUUCUCCUUCCAUCAUAGUCACGUCUCUGGUAGUUUGAAGCCCUGCUUUCUUAUUUGCACUAUGAUCUUAUUCUGCUCUUUUCUGCUCUCAGUGCUGUUUAUAAACUGGACUCAUGGCAGGGUUUAGGGUUUAGGCUGUACCUGGGGAUCACUUCUUCAAAUCUAACAUGGACAGUGUUACACCUGUGUUUGGGUGGAUUUAGAUGCUUGCUGCCGGUCUGGUUAGUUAGCUUUGUGCCUAAGGGUUUAUUGCCAAACUGUUUCAGUGCAAUACUAGAGAACAAUGGCUACAGUGUACUGCGACGCCCUUCUCUCCACUUAGACUGUGCUCUUCACUUUAUCCACUACAGUCACUUUUCAUGGAGUUAAAUGAUAGUUGGUGCCAAGAAGGUUUUAAUGCUAUUAAUGAAUGUAUGAGAAAUGCAACUCUGUCAUAUUGAGCACCUAAAGGUAAACUAGGCAGGGCGAUACACAGCCAGUUAUUAUUCCACCCUUGUUUUCUCCAAUUAAUUGUUCACUUUAAUGCCUGGUAUAACUAAAGGUACAUUUGUUUGUACAAAUAUAAUGAUAACAACAGAAAUAGCUGAUAAGAUUUAAUUUAAGAGCUGAUAUCUAGACAUUUUCCAUGGUUUUAUUGAAAAUUAUUUUGGUUAUUAUCAAGAAAACCAUGGAAAAUGUCUAGAUAUCAGCUCUUAAAUGAAACUCUUAUCAGCUAUUUUUGUUAUCAUUAUAUUUGUCCAAACAAAUGUAUCUUUAGUUGUACCAGGAAGAAAGAAAUUAAAGAAAAAGGGUGGUCUAAUAUUUUUUCCAUGACUGUAUAUAAAACAAUUUCUAUAAUCAUACAAAAAUAACUUUCUGUAUCUGCAGAGAUCCUGCCUUUAUUUUCUCUUUUGCAUCAUUUUUGGGGCUAUGAAACAAAGCCUGGUGAAAUGCCAAACAGACAAAGCCUGUUUCCAAAACUUGUGAAUCUGAAGUUUGCUUUGAUUUCAAUUGAGCCGAAGAGGAGGGGCCAAAUUUGAAUGUCAUGUUUACAAACAGAAAGCAACGUAUCCUGCAUAGUAUACCUUUAAUUAAAAGUUCAGAAACUCAAGAAUCCCAGACUCUGUAUGUUCGUUCUGGUCAGGGAGAGUAGCUAAUUGAGUUGCCAUUUCUCCUUUUUAUUCAAUUUCCUUUCCUAAAAUAUAAUUUCUUCCUCCUGAUGAAGAGCACAGUAGUGAGUAAAAAGUGUGAAGCACUGAAACGGACCCCCAGCACUCAGCCUGUCGUCCUUACAUUACCCUAGCCCGCUACUUUUUACUUGACAAGCUUAAGCUCUGCAACUUUGCAAAAUCUAUCACUGUGUAUCAUAUUAAAGUUUUAGACAUUUUUAUUGUAUAUUUCAUACUUGUACUGGCAGGAAGGUUGUUUUUUUUAAUGUAUAUAUCUAUACAUAUAUGUACAUGUUGUUGUGCUGAAGCAACAUGUCCACUGUCACCAGACUGCUGUUCAGGGAACUGAUGAGCCAACAAGACAUAUUUUGCAUUAAGGGAUUAUAUUAAAAUUAUAUGGGUGAGGAGAGGGGAUGCAGUUUAACUUUAAAAAACAAAGACAUUCUGCAGGGUUAUUAAUAUUUGUUUUUGACCUCCCUUUCCCUUGCUAAUUCCUCCACUCAAUCCUUUUUAGUAGCCCAAAUUGCACAUUUGGAGCAGAAUUGGAAAUUGCCAAAUUUAUGGCAAACAUAUCAAAUAGUGCUUUCUGUUUACAGAACGUUCCAGCUGCUCACUAUUUGUAAACCUAGAACUAUAAAAUGACUGAAGUAACAUUACCACUGUCACUGAAUAAGCAAAUAGAAGGCAGCUGUGUGGCUGCAAUGUAAUACAUGUGCAUCUCAAUAAAUUAGAAUAUCAUAGAAAGUUUAUUUAUGUCAGUAAUUCAUUUCAAAAAGGUGUAAUAACACAUUAUAUAGAUCCAUGACACACAGCUUACAUUAUGCUUACAUUUAAUGAAGACCUAAAAUUCAGUGUCUGAAAAUAAUUGAAUAUUACAAAAGACCAAUUUUAAAAAGUAUGUUUAAUAUGUAAAUGUUGGCCUCUGAAAAGUAUGUCCAUCUAUAUGACUCGAUACUUGGUUGGGGCUGUUUGACUUGAACUACUGGAAAUAAACUUUUCCAUCAUAUUCUAAUGUUUUGAGAUGCACCUGUACAUUCAGGUUGGGUUUUGCUAAACAUGCAUGAUAUUAUAGGUUUACUCUAUGAUGCUGUACAUUUAACAAUUCUGUAGUUCUUUUAAAAUGCAGAAUAAAGUUAAAGAAGGAGAAAAAUGCAGCACUCUUUUCAGAUAAGAUGGAACACGAGGUGAUUGCAUUCACAGUGGAUGGGAAGAAACAUGAUUGGGCACAGAAUUGGCAGAGAAGGCAUAUAUUGACACAAAGAUGAAGCUGCGAUAUAGUUGAACCUGCAGCAAGGAGACUGUAGGGAAAUAAAACAACUGGAGCUACUGCCAAGCUUAACACAGACACACAGACACGUGGUUAGUGUGUCCCGUUUCUAGCUAGUUUACAACUGACGUGGUGCUGUUCUGGGUGAAUAAACACAAAUGACCCAGUGAAAUCAAAUUGGAACGUAUUAAUCAGGGUGAAAAUGCCCUUUUCACUUUCUAUCUGAACAUUUAGAAAGGAAUGGUUUAAUCCCUACCAACCACACUGCCCUACAAAAUCUAACUGCAGUAACUACAUUUUUGGUCGAAAUUGAAUUAAAACUAAAAAUGUACUCCUUGAUGUCUGUUUUAUCUUUUGACAAGGUUUUAGAUUUAAAUUUUGAUUUAUUUCAGAAAAAUAAUGAUCUAAAAAUUGCAGUCUCUACAAAAUCUAACUCACAACCAAAGCAGAUAGCAGUAAGUUCGACUGUGAUACAAUGUAGCCUUGUAUUUCUUCAUUGUGUUGAAUAGUGAAGACGAGAACAAUAUGAAUUAUUAAUGUAUUUGAUAGGGAAAUUAUUAUCUAGAUAUUGAUUAAGUAAAAAAGUGAGAUAAAAUUAUAUUAAUACUAAAAUAUAACAUUACUUACAAGUCUAAAAGACGCAAAUCUUGGAAUAGUUAUUAAACACUUUUAAAUACACUUAUAACAAAAUUAAUUUUAAAAUGUAAAACUGAAAACAAAAUAUAAAAGCUGAAAGAAGACAACAACCUUGUUGUUACUGCAGUCUGGUUUUGCUUUACUAUUAGACCUUUUUUUCAGCAAUGCAAAACCAGAGGGCUGUAACUACAUUUUUGGGGUCAAAGGUCAAUACAUGUAGAAAUACGUAUUAUAUCACUUACCUACCUAUAACCCAUUUGGCUGGCAGUAAAAAAAAAAAACAUUAAAACAUUUUAAAGCAGUUUUUCUCAGUUUUACUCUUUCCGUAGUUACUGCAGUUAGACUUUGUAGGGCAGAAUAAACUUGGAACUUCUACAGUUUCUCUAAAUCUGUAUGAUCCAUAACUAACUGAUGUAACUAUUUAGCCUUUUUUAAGAGUAAACUUUACAAGAAGUGGAAAAAGUGGAAAAAUAUCUAAAUUUUCUGACUACUCUCUACUAAGUUGUAGAGAACAUAUUCUACAUUAUUUCCCAGCCCAACUGUUAUUGGUUUGUGUUUUUUUGGCUGUUCCCUCCACUGAUGCAACAUCACUUCACUGAAAAGAAAAGUAACAAUGAAAAAAACGCCAAACAAGCUUGGAGUACAUUAAUUUGAUCUUUUUUAUGUGUACUGUUGCCAGUACUGGUUGAGACUAACCCUGUUUGUAAUAAAGAGUAAACUGAGAUUUAAAUAGAAAACAAUGAUGAAAUGUACAGUGUUAAUGCACAAUGUAAAUGCAACCCUCCUCCUCUUUUUGUUUAUUUUCAUGUCAUAUUGUAUCUCCCUGUCUAUGAAUGUUGAUUUUCAUCAUUUUAUAUUGCUGUUUUACUUUGAAUUAAAAGGGAGUUACUGAAAAAUC